CCUACGUGUGUUCUGUAGAAAACAGAACCGUGAAUUGAAAAGAGAGAAAGAGGAAAAUAACAGGCAGGAGAGAUUAUACAAUAUUUGUUCUGAUAUCGCAACCUCAAGGGCUAACGGGUGCAACGUUUUCGAUGAAAGCAAGCUUUUCCAGCGAGUUUUUGUACAACCAGUCGCUCCUCUGCAGAUUUGCUAACAAAGCUAAGAGUAACACACCGCCUGGAGUAGCCAGCGGGUAGCAAAACAGGCUUAGCGGGCACUCGUUUGUUAUUUUUGGGAGGCUGUGUGUUCAUUGGCAGAGUUCAAUACACCAGCUUGGACAGUAAUAAGGUUCAUCGUGGGGGACGGAGACUUUGAGCGUGCAUGAGCUUUGGGAAUAAAUCCACGGCACCAAACUACCAAGACGAGAAAGUGGAGGUGUUGAGUGACUCUACGUUCGUGGACGUUCAUCUGACCUUCCUCCUCAGCAAACGCAGUGCUCCCCUCCCCCUGUCCUCCCUGCCACCCUGCCCUGAGCCCCACGACCCCCCCGCCCCAGCAUGAACGAAGUCAGCGUGGUUAGAGAGGGCUGGCUCCACAAGAGAGGUGAAUACAUUAAGACAUGGAGGCCCCGUUACUUUAUCCUGAAGAGUGACGGCUCUUUCAUCGGCUACAAGGAGAAGCCAGAGAUGUCCGACCACAGUCUGCCCCCCCUCAACAACUUCUCUGUAGCAGAAUGCCAGCUGAUGAAGACCGAGCGGCCACGCCCCAACACGUUUGUCAUCCGCUGCCUGCAGUGGACCACCGUCAUCGAGCGCACCUUUCACGUGGACAGUAAUGCUGAGAGGGAGGAGUGGAUCCACGCCAUCCAGGCCGUAGCCAAUGGUCUCAAGGCUCGAGAAGAAGAGGAGCCAAUGGACAUCAACUUUGGGACACCCACUGAAAACAGUUUAGAGGGGAUGGAGGCAGCCAUUGCGAAAUCUCGCACCAAAACAAUGAGUGACUUUGACUAUCUGAAGCUGUUGGGAAAGGGCACAUUUGGGAAGGUCAUUUUGGUGAAGGAGAAAGCCACAGGCAUGUAUUACGCCAUGAAGAUUCUGCGCAAAGAGGUCAUCAUCGCCAAGGACGAGGUAGCACACACAGUUACGGAAAGCAGAGUAUUGCAAAACACAAGGCAUCCCUUCCUUACGACACUAAAGUAUGCCUUUCAAACGCACGACCGCCUGUGUUUUGUAAUGGAGUAUGCAAAUGGAGGCGAGUUGUUCUUCCAUUUGUCACGAGAACGUGUGUUUACGGAGGACAGAGCAAGGUUCUAUGGUGCUGAAAUUGUCUCAGCAUUGCAGUACUUACACUCUCAAAACGUUGUCUACAGGGACCUUAAGCUGGAGAAUCUCAUGCUGGAUAAAGACGGCCACAUUAAGAUCACUGACUUUGGCCUGUGUAAAGAGGGCAUCACUAAUGAAGCCACCAUGAAGACUUUCUGUGGAACUCCCGAAUACCUCGCCCCUGAGGUGCUGGAGGACAAUGACUACGGUCGUGCUGUAGACUGGUGGGGUCUUGGUGUGGUCAUGUAUGAGAUGAUGUGUGGUCGCCUACCCUUCUACAAUCAGGAUCACGAGCGGCUGUUUGAACUCAUCCUCAUGGAGGAGAUCCGUUUCCCUCGAAACUUGUCCCCCGAGGCCAAAUCCCUGCUCGCAGGUCUUCUCAAAAAAGAUCCCAAGCAGAGACUGGGUGGAGGGCUAGAUGACGCCAAAGAAGUGAUGACCCAUAAGUUUUUCGCUUCCAUCAACUGGCAAGAUGUCCUUCAGAAGAAGCUCACACCACCCUUCAAGCCACAGGUGACCUCAGAAACUGACACUCGCUACUUUGAUGACGAGUUCACAGCACAGACCAUCACUGUCACGCCCCCUGACCAGUUUGAGUAUGACAGUUUGGAUGUGGAAGAUUCAGAUACGCGCACGCAUUUCCCUCAGUUCUCCUACUCCGCCAGCGUACGGGAGUGAAUCUCCUCCUUCCUCUCUCACCCUGACCAGCAAAACCGGAUGCCCUACACACACACACACACACACACACACACACACACACACCCCAACACACACAUACAUACACACACCAGCACAGUCUGUUGAAAACCCAGGUAGUAAGAU